AUGACCACUCGGGAUUGGUGGAGGGUGUACAAACGAGUGUGUGUCAUGUUCUUUCUGGCUGUAGUGACAUUGACAGUGGUCCAGAGAGGGAGCAUCGGCACUGGGGCUCCCUUCCAAAUUGAGAGGCAGGCUCGCAUGGAGGCUUCUUCAGAGGGAGGAGAGGAUAGGGCCCUGCAGCAGAAGAAGGGUCUCUACCCAGUGACCAACACCUUUUGGAAGAACAGCAAGACCAAACAAGCUGAACCUGCGGCUGCCGCCACUGGCACCACGGAGGAGCCCAGUGUCAUCCAUGAGGGAGCUGGCUCCCAGACCUGGGACGUGUCCAUUGCCAACUGCAGUGCCAACCUCAACUUUAUCAACCAGGACUGGUUCAGGGGCCUGGAGGCCAACUUCAAGCAGUUCCUGCUGUACCGCCACUGUCGCUUCUUCCCCAUGCUCAUCAACCAUCCGGAGAAGUGCUUGGGGGAGACCUACCUGCUCAUGGUCAUCAAGUCCAUUGCCUCGCAGCACGAUCGUCGUGAAGUGAUCCGCAAGACGUGGGGCAAGGAGCAAGUGGUGGACGGCAAGAAUGUGAAGAAGGUCUUCCUGCUGGGGACGGCGUCCAACGAAGCUGAGAAAGCCAACCAUCAGAGGCUCCUGGAGUACGAGGACUACAUCUACGGAGAUAUACUCCAGUGGGACUUCCAGGACAGCUUCUUCAACCUGACCCUCAAGGAGACGCACUUCCUCAAGUGGUUCUCCACCUACUGUGCCGACGUGCGCUACAUCUUCAAGGGCGACGACGACGUCUUUGUCAGCGUGGAGAACAUCUUUGAGUACCUGGAGGCCAGCGCCCAUGUCAAGAACCUCUUCGUCGGCGACGUGCUCUUCAAGGCCAAGCCCAUUCGCAAGAAGGAGAACAAGUACUACAUCCCACAAGCGCUUUACAAGAAGACCUAUUACCCUCCAUAUGCUGGAGGCGGUGGGUUCCUCAUGGAUGCACCCCUGGCCAGGAGGCUCUACUGGGCCUCAGACUCUCUAGAGCUAUACCCCAUCGAUGACGUGUUCCUGGGAAUGUGUCUGGAAGUGCUGCAGGUCACGCCCAUCAAGCAUAAUGCCUUUAAGACAUUUGGCCUUGUCAAGAACAAGAAAAGUAAGCUUAACCAAGAACCCUGUUUCUUUAAAAGCAUGAUCGUGGUCCACAAGCUGCUGCCACCGGACCUCAUACACAUGUGGAACCUGGUGAAUAGUAAUCUCAUCUGCUCGCAGAAAGUAGAGAUCUUAUAG